AUCUUCACGAGCACCUAGCCUCUAGAUCUACCAGCUCUUCGCCAAAGCAAGAACACAAAACCCCCCUUACAAAUACACACAUCACCAAUACCACCUUCCUCCACCUCUCAUUGUACUUCUCGUCUACAUCGCCUUCGAUCUCUACCCCCAAAAUGUCAACAUCCGCCCCGACUGACGAAUGUCGUCUCCACAAAUGUCAACUUGCCAAGCGCAAUAACGUAGCUCAUGUAGCGCGUUAUGAUAAGUUGGUCGAGUCUGCCGCUGCAGAGAAGAAGGAGGCGGAUGAGAAGCUGGCUCUGGAGGUUUGUCGGCACCAGGAGAGAGUCAAGUUGGACCAAGAUCGGACCAAGCGUCUUGAGAUCAGCCAUGACGCCGUGGUCAAGAAUCUGGAGUCCAAACUCAAGGUGCUCAAAGACAAGUACCUCCCAGAGAAGCGCACUGCCGACAAGUGCAGAAAAGAGCAUGCUUUGGUCAAUCCUGGUGGGGAGACUUUGGUUGCAGACCUCGCCAGCGCCAACCGAAGAGGCGACCGACUGGAGAGAGAGAAGACCGCGAUGGUGCAGGAGAGAGAUACAGAGGCAGCGAGAGUUGCUGACGCUGAAAAACAGUUCAAUGCUCUCAAAGGCGAGAAGGAGACCUUGGAGAAGGCAAGCAAUGGCGAGAUCAAGAGUCUCAAAGAGGAGAUCGACCGUGUCAAGGCAGAGUUGGGACUCGCCCACAACGACCUGUACACGGCAAACGAUGCUAUCCGUAGCCUCCGUGACGACCUUCACGAUUUCAAGUGUACCAAGAAUAACCUUGUCGAGAGCGAAGAUCUUCUUGGACUGAAGAAAGAAAAAGUAAUCCGUCUCAAGUGCAAGCUGGAGAAUGAAGAGAAUCAGAAUGAUGAUGACAAGCGGGAGAUGAACGAGGCCCAUAAGGCUACUGUGAAGGUCUUGGAAGACAAGAUAUCCGACAUGGAGAACAAUAUCUCUGAUCUCAAUGUUGAGCUUGACGGAGAGAAGGCAUUCGCAGAACAAGCUACAGAAGAGGCAAAAAAGGAGAUCCAUGCAUUGAAGGAGGAAAUUGCUGCUUGGGAGGACGUGAGUGAGUUUUCGAAUGGCUCAUUUGAAGACUCUGAUUGUUCAUCGUUGUCCAUUGCCGACCAAUCCUCAGUUGAAGUCACUGCAAGUGAUACUCAGGUCGGGGCUCUUGCAAUCAACUCCGAUGAACGCAAGCCGGCUGUGAACUCUCCGUCCACUCCCUCCAUUUCUACCAUUCAAAUCAUCCAAAUAUACGAGGAGAAGCCGACAAUAACUGCUACAAUCGCCGAAGCAUAUCAGGAGGAGUGCAGGCAGAACACGGGCCUUCAAGCCACGAUCGUCACCCUCGAGGACAAGAUCACUAAUCUUGAGUCCACUAACAGUUGUCUUGAGGAUAAGGUCACCGAACUUGAAUCCGAUACUACUACUCUCGAGAGCAAGGUCACUGCUCUGAAAGCUGACGCAAUCACUUUCAAUACCACCAAUGGAAAUCUUCAGGCAGAAAUCGACACGCUCAAGGCUGACAACAGCACUCUACAAUCGAAGGUCACCGAAGUCCAGGCUAGCAACGAUACUCUUGACGAAAAGGUCACUGCUCUGCAAGCCGAAGCUAAGACCCUGAAGACAGAUAAAGACAGUCUGAAGACCCAUAUUGAAACUCUGCAAUCCGAGAGAACUAAGCAGGAGUUGAAGAUUGCUGAGAUCGAGUCAAGCAACACUGCCCUUGGAAACAAAGUUUCUGAUCUAGAGAAUGAUGUUGAUUUCCUCAAGUCCACUAAUACUGAUCUGAAGAACAAAUUAGACAGUCUGAAGACUCAAAAAACCACUCUUGAUUCAAAGGUUACGGUGAUCGAAGCCGAAAACACCAGUCUCGGAAACAAGGUCACUUCUCUGACAACUGAGGUAGAUGCCCUUAAGUCCACUAAUGAUGAUCUAAAGACCAAGCUCAAGACUUCAAAGGGUGAGAAUCUCGCCCUCUUGGGAAACGUUGCUUUACAUGAAACUGAGGCCGUCAAUCUCAAUACCAAAAACACUAACCUUGGUGAUAAAGUUGAUACCUUGAAGACCCGAAUAACCACUCUUGAGGACAAGAUUACCAGUCUUCAAACGAACAUCGACUCUCUUGAAGGCAAGAACAAGGUAUUCUCAGGUUCUAUCAAACACUACCAAAAGGAAAACAACAUUCGACAAGCUCGCAUGAAGGAAUAUGCCUACGGCAUCUAUACAGGUCAAACAAGCCCAAAGUUGGUGUUUGGUAAGGACGAAUACCCAAGCGCUUGCUUGAACAACAUUGGAAAGAAGGCAUAUCUGCAACUCAGAGUUCAAGGCCAUAGGAACGAAAAGGUACAGGACUUGAUGGCUGCUGCAGUACCGGAGGCCAGCGGCCCCAAGAGAGGAGGUCGUAGAAAGAACAAUAAGAAGACCAAGGAAAACAACAUUUCAAGUAUCAAGGAGGAAGUCAAUAUCCCGAUCGACAACAAGAUGAAGGCACCCGUCAGCAAAUUGCAGUUCGAUGAGUCUGAUCAUGAGGGGCACCCCACUGAAUCUCAGUCACUCCCUGCCUUAUCUAAAUCUUACAAGUCAACCUUCAGAAGUGCUUUCGAGAAGGAAACGCUUGAAGCAGGCGUCAAGACUCCUGAAGAGAUUGUAAAGCAGGCCCACGAGCGCUGGAUGAGCAGCAAGGCUGAAAUCAUGAAGCUGAUGCCCUGGCACACCAACCAACACCCUACCAGCACAGUACAGAAUACAGCUACACCCAGUCUCGUUAUAUCGAACAUCAUGAUCACACCUGCGUCUACCAACUCACCAACCAACAUUACAGUCAGCUCCUCCGUUGCACCAGGACCCGCUCCCACAUCAGUACCUGCUCCAACCACACCAAUGACUCCUGACACACCAAGUACUUGGUCAUUUAGCUUAAUCUUGGGCUAUAUGAUCGGCUGGUAAGGAACGAAAGAGGAACGUCAAAUUCCUGUACCAUUACGAUCAUUUCCGAUACGCAACAAAAGCCACACACAAGGAGAACAGGCCAGAAAAGAAGGACAAGACCGAUGACACACACACAAAACGUACUGUACAUCAAUCCAACAUAUAAUCACAGAACCCGGCACGAUUCAAAGAUGGAAUCGGAGUCUGUAUGCGCAUCUUAUGGAUGCCCGGACUGAGCGAUUCCAGUUCCGAGGAGGGCAGGGUUUCGAGAUUUGAGUUCGGAAAUGGGUAGAGGGUGGACAGGAUUGGAUUCCUUGGUGCCUUCAAUAUGUUUGAAGGUACUUCUGCUUGUUAUUACUAGAUAUCGUGGUUCCUAUAAAAAUAGAAAUACUUGGACACUUGGUUUGAUAUUUG